AAAUUCUUUCAAAACUCACCUAAAACGUAUAAUACCAGUUUCACAACAUAUUUAGCAGCAGCAGGCAAUAAUAUACUUCGAUGUUUUUAUAAACAAAAACUUCUUUAUGCCAAUAUCAAACCAUAGGCCACCAAAAAAAUUCAGUCAUUCGCAUAUCAAUGCCGGCAAACAACUAACGUACGCAGACGUAGGUACAGUACCGAGUAUGUUAUUAAAUCGAACGUAAUUAGCAAAGUGUUAUCACCUUGAAAAGAUCUGCCAUAUAAGUAAAAACUAAGCAUAAGUAUAUGGGUUUUACCAUUAAAAAACUGGUUCUAUUUUUUUUUUACGUUAAUACGAGAAGAUGAACGUCACAUAUCACACAUCUUCCUUAAUAUAAUUUACCUACACGCGAGUUUUCCAAAAAAUGAAAAAUAAAAAUUCUGAUAACGUAAAUUACGUAAUUGAUUAUUUAAAAUCUUAUGCACGAUGCACAUAAAUUCUGUUCUAAGAACACAAGGUAUUAAAGAUGCAUUAAAAUUUUGUGUUUUACCGACAGAAACCGAGUUAGGUGUGUUUCAAUUUUAUAACUAAAUGAAUUACCUACCAAGACAUUUUUUGAAUCAUUAUUUGAAAACAAAAAAUACAUGGGUCUAAGCCAGGCUUAUACAACUAUAGUUCAGUUUUGAAAAGGAGCUUCAUUAUUCUAGAUAGCCAUAUCCACUGAAACACCAAAAUGGAUCAUGAAAUGAAUAGCGUUGAAGAUGAAGAAUUAGAUUCGUCCGAAUUAGGAACCCAGAAAUAUUGGGAUAAAGCUUACAGCAAUGAACUGAACAAUUUCCAAGACCAUGGUGAUGUUGGUGAAGUAUGGUUCGGAGAAGAGAGUAUCAUUCGUAUACUCAAAUGGUUAAAUUCUUACAACUGCACUAAAAAAGAUGAUCCUGUGGUCGAUCUGGGCUGCGGAAAUGGCAUGAUGCUUGUCGAAUUGGCUAGAGAAGGAUAUACAAAUCUGAUGGGCGUUGAUUAUUCUAAACAAGCAAUAGAAUUGGCUUCCACCGUUGUUAAAAACUUGGAAUAUCAGUCGAUCAUUUCAUUUAAAGCAUGUGAUGUAUUAUGUGAAGAUAUAGCCGAUAUUAAAUUUUCACUAGCACUCGAUAAGGGUACAUAUGAUGCUAUUUGUUUAAAUCCUGAAAAUGCUAAGGAAAAUCGUUUGAAAUAUAUACAUAAAGUGUACGAAAUGCUGAGACCCCAGGGUUUAUUCAUCAUCACUAGUUGUAAUUGGACAGACAGUGAGAUUACUUCUCAUUUUAAACAAUAUUUUAAUUUGUACUCUGUGAUUCCAACGCCGGAAUUCAAAUUCGGUGGCAAAACAGGAAAAUUGCUCUCGUGUUUAGUACUGCAAAGGGUAGAUUGAUUUGGGAAAUCGUGCUGUAUUAUAAUAAAUUUUGUUACUUUGAA